AUGAGACACACGUACGGGCCGGUGACGCUCAGCACGCCCGCGGCCGUCUGCGCCGCCUGCGCCGUCUGGGCCGUGUUCGUACCGGACACCCAGGGCACCGCCAUCCCCCAGGGAGUGCUGUACUCGCCGCAGGGACAGGACUCGCCGAACGCGUCCCGGGUGCUGCUGGUGGCGGCGGCGAGCGCGCCAGAGCACCAGGAAGCAACGCACGAAGCCGCCGACGAAGCCGCCCACGACGAGGACAAGGCCCAGCAGCAGAAGGCGGACGACGAGGACGCCGUCCACGACCAGGGCGACGCCCACGAUGAGGAGGGAGACGCCCACGCGCACGAGGACGGCCGCCUGCAGAAGCACGCGCACGAGAAGGACGACGAGGAGGGGCAGCUUCGAGAGAAGGACGCGCACGAGGACGCCGUCGACGAGGAGGCCGCCACCGAGGACGACGCCGACAAGGAGGGCCUGGAGGACGCUGGCGACGACGCACCGGAGCGCCGUGGCCUUGGGGAGCAGCACCGCAAUCGAACUCGAUUAAAAUGA